AUUGACUUGUAACAGUCUAAUUUACUUUUUAUAAAACUCAAGUAUGUUGAAGUUAUAGUUGUAGAAAAAAAAAGUAACGAUUAUAGUUAAAUAUGAAUGACGAAUAUUUAGAUAUCAAUGAUCAGGAUAGCGAUAUUGGAGAUUGCCUAACAAGUUCUGAUGAUGAAGGAGAUCUACUUUUUAUUGUGAAAGAUGGAAAAGAUGUAUUACGGUGUACAAAUGAGGAUAGUGAAGUCACACUAAAUACAAAUGUAUCAAAUGAAAAUCUUUUGUAUGACCCAAAUAUUGACAAAGACAACGAAAACUGGAUGAAAAGAAAAAGAACUUAUGGCAAACAAGAUGAAUCAAAUUUAAAUGCAAAUAAAGUCUCUACAAGUGAUGCUAUGCUCAGUUGUCCAGCUUGUUUAACAACUGUUUGUGUUGAUUGUCAACGACACGAAGUUUACAAGCAUCAAUUUCGUGCUAUGUUUGUUAUGAACUGCCGCAUCGAUCUUAACCAAUACCUUCGUUACGAAAACAAAAACAUUUCUAAAAAACGGAGAAAAAAAUACGGUCCUGGAAAACUUAUACCUUGUGAACAAUCUAUAGCAUCAUUUCGUGACUCCGUUGAAAUAAUUUAUACUGAAGAUAAAAACGAAAAUCAAAGCUCAACAAAUAAACUAAAUAUAUCCGACAAGCUAAAUGAACAAUAUAAACGCGAAGAAGUUUAUAAUCCAGUUAAAUGCGAUAUUUGCGCAACAGAAAUCGCGGUAUACGACUCUCAAGAAGUAUAUCAUUUUUUUAACGUCAUUGAAAGUAUAGCCUAAAUUUUUUAUUCACGUUAAUCGAAACCGUGACGAUGAAAACUAUUUAUAGUGAAAAUAAUUUAUAGUGGCAAAAAAUAAGUUUUGUACGUAGUAAAAUAAAUGUUAAAGAAAUUUGUCUUGAAUUUGAAAUAUUAAAGAAAUAAUGAAUGUCUUGAAUUUCACAUUUUAAAUUUCA